GAACAGCUGUUUUGCAUCAACUAUCCCUCCCAAUACGGAGGCACAAUGUCUACACUGCCCCCUAUGGGUUUGACAUAUUUAGAACACACAAUAGUGUAAUUCAGCGGGUUCAUAUGGAUGACCACUUUUUUAAAAAACUGAUCAGGUGUGGACGAGAUUAUUUUAUAUUAAAAAAAACAACGUUUUUUUCUACGUCGUUUUAAAAAGACCCAGCCACAGGUGGACAAGGCCUAAAAUUCAAACUACCUUGCAAGCGUUAAAAACACGGAUAAAUUACAGAAUAAAUAUACAAACCGCUUGCCAUACAAUUAGUUCUCUCAGCAGUUGUGCAGUUUGUGCUCUGUGGGUGCUUUCAGCAGUGGGCCCGCAGCAAGAAGACAAAUGGGAGGAUUGUGGACGGGUUCUGAACGCGUCAUGACAGUGAGGGGAUUGGACUGAUUCGGACCUGCGUCCUUCUGCAGAACAGACCCCGCUGUAUGAGUCGGGGGACAGGACUGCUUCUCUGAGCGGAACUCCACCGGAGUUCUGCUUAAGUUCCCGGGCGGAGCAGCUGCCGCCUGCCUGCAAGCCACAUGGACCCUUCCCGCUGCAGAGCAUGCUGCUAGCGCCUGGCGAUUGGAAGGAGAACCGUGAGGCUGUUCAUACCACCGAACCCGAGCUCCACGCGCCGCUGCUGCCUCCUAGUCAUGCGCACAGACCACCUCCGUUGAGGAUCCGAGUCGGGCUGAAGAUGUUCCUGACCUUCCUCCUCAGCUUCAUCGUUCCUCCGGUAUGGAGCGUUCACAUGUCGUGGGAAAACUGGAGGUCCGCGCUGCGCAACGGAGGAGAUGAGUUCGAGCCGCCGACCUCCCAGCCGCACAUCGUCUUCAUCCUGGUGGAUGAUCAGGGCUUCCGGGAUGUUGGAUACCACGGCUCCGAGAUCAAAACUCCGAAUUUGGACCGGCUGGCCGCACAGGGGGUGAAGCUGGAGAAUUACUAUGUCCAGCCGCUCUGCAGCCCGUCCCGGAGUCAGCUGAUGACCGGCAGGUAUCAGAUCCACACAGGCCUGCAACAUUCUAUCAUUCGAGCCACCCAGCCUAACUGCCUACCCUUGGAGAAUAUCACUCUUCCCCAGAAGCUCAAAGAAGCAGGCUACUCCACCCACAUGGUGGGGAAGUGGCACCUGGGCUUUUACAAACGUGGCUGCCUUCCCACCCAGCGAGGUUUCGACACUUUCUUCGGAUCCCUGCUCGGAAGCGGCGAUUACUACAGCCACUACAAAUGCGAAGGUCCCGGCAUGUGCGGAUAUGAUCUGUACGAAGGGGAAGAGGCCGCUUGGGAACAGGACCGUGGUUUGUACUCUACUGUGAUGUUCACUCGAAAGGCUGUCAGCAUCUUGGCCAAUCACGAUCCCCACAAGCAACCCUUAUUUCUUUACUUGGCCUAUCAGGCGGUUCAUUCCCCGCUACAAGUUCCUGCUCGCUAUCUCGAGCGGUACAAGGGAAUUCCAAACCCACAUCGCCGAAAAUAUGCCGCUAUGGUUUCCUGUCUUGAUGAAGCCAUUCACAACCUGACCUUAGCCCUGAAACACUUUGGUUACUAUGACAACACAGUUAUAGUGUACUCCACAGACAAUGGGGGUCAGCCAUUAGCUGGUGGAAGUAACUGGCCCUUGAGGGGGAGUAAAGCCACCUACUGGGAGGGGGGCAUUAGGGGAAUAGGUUUUGUUCACAGUCCCCUGUUAAUCAAAAAAGGGUCAAAAUGUCAAACAUUGGUCCACAUAACUGACUGGUUUCCUACUCUGGUGACUCUUGGGGGAGGCACCUUAGAUGAAGAUCAAAACCUAGAUGGAUACGACGUCUGGGAAGCUAUUAGUGAAGGUCGUCCAUCACCUCGCCUAGACAUUUUACAUAACAUCGACCCAAUUUACAUUAAAGCCAAGAAUGGCUCUUGGAAGGCGGGAUAUGGAUUGUGGAACACUGCUGUCCAAGCUGCGCUCCGAGUUGGCCACUGGAAGCUACUGACGGGUGUGCCAGGCUACAGCGACUGGGUGCCACCACAGACGUUCUCCAACCAACGACUAACCACUCGCCACCAUAAUGAACGUGUGCGUUGGGACAGGGGUAAAUCCAUCUGGCUGUUCAACAUCACAGCUGAUCCCUAUGAGCGAGUAGACUUGUCUCAGCAAUACCCACACAUAGUAAAGAAGAUGCUGAUGCGGCUAGUCCAGUACAACAAGACGGCUGUGCCAGUGCGCUACCCUGCAAAGGACCUGCGCUCCAACCCGCAGUACAACGGAGGAGUAUGGGGACCUUGGUACAAGGAUGAGAAGCAGGAGCGGAACGAGGAGGAGGAGAGAUAUAAUAACUUGUUUAUAAAUCAUUUUGGUAAAAGAAGGUGGAAAAAUAAAUCAAGGAAUAUAAAGUUAAAACGCAAAGCAGAACAUUAGCUUAAAGGAUUCAUGAAGAAACCUCAGACUGCCUUUACUCAGGUAUUAACACUUCUUGGUUUAGAACAUUUUAACUCCAGGCAGUCUAAACUGGACUCCACUAAACACUACGGUGAGAAAGUGUUUACAGAUUUCUUCUGUUUUAGUUUUUUUUCUGACUUAAAAAUUUCAGAUCAAACAUUUUAAUACCACACAGAAGUAACUUGAUUAAACAGAAUAGGCAAUUUUCAAAUAAUUAUUUAAUUUCAGAGAAAAAGCAAACCAAACCUGACUAAAGAUAUGUUUCCAUCAAGGUUUUUAUUUUGCAAUUUGAAGUAUCGCAUUAGAAAAGGUUGAUGGAAAUGGCAAAAUUUUAAAUAAUUUCCUCAAUUUCAGAAAAAAAGUUUUUUUUUUAAUGUUUGUUUGAGAUGGUUUUUGGCUUUUCCAAAAAGAGUUAAUGUGUAAAAGACCGAAGCACAUUUGCUUGAUGAGUUCUGAAGUAGUAAACGUCACCAUCCGCUGAAGGGUCUGUCCUUACCAGAGGCAUGAAACAAGUAAAAUGUCAAAAUCCAAACCUCCAGCUCAGAGGGAAGGACUCUCCAUUUUUCUGAGAUGUGUGGUUGAUGCUAGUUAGCAACCUCUACAUCUUGUUUAUUACAGCCAUGUGUAGCGUCAACAUCAUGCUUUGCGGUUGAGUCACUGCAAACCAGUAGAUGGAAACACAUUUAAUUUUCUUUGACUUUUUUGCAGCAUUUUAAAAGUUUGCAUGACAUCUGGAUGGAUGUGACAAAAAAUAAUUACCCUCCAAACUUAAUGACAGGUUGUGAUGGUAACAACUGCCACUUUAUGCUUUUCCUCCAUAGAACCAUGUUGCUUUGGACAGUUUUUCCUUUUAUGAACAAAAUUAUAAUUUAUUUACUUAGGUUAUAUUUGCCUCAUAUGUGUUCAGUGACACCAAAUAUACAAUUGUAACAAAAUAAAUAAAAAACAGAAGAACUCUGUAAGAGAGUAGAUUCUUUUUCACAACACUACAUAGUGUGUAAGAUGUGCUGAUGGAGCUUUCGGGAUGCCUGAUGGUGACUUGUUCCGACACUGAUGCCAUGUCUAGACAGUGGAGUAUUUUUUUUUAUUUUUUAUUUUUUACAAGAAUCUAUUGCAUGACUGAACUGUUGUCACUUUUACAUUCAUGUUUCACUUAUAGUAGAAAAUACAACUAUUUUUUUUUUUACUGUUGCCAUAAAUUUGAUGGUAAUGAAGUAAGACCCAGUCCUAUCAUGUUUUGUUCUUUGUGGUGCUAUACUGUCGUGCUAGCUGAUUUAGGAGUUAUGUCAUGUUUGUGUUCAAAUAUGUUGCUUGUUAUAUGCAUACUUUGUACUUUAGAACGACAAUGUUUGUUCUACUAGUUAGAAGUCUGGUCAGGCACCGGGCCAACCUGAAUCUAACUCGAGCAGCAAAAUAAAGUCUUGGGCAUUUA